UAGCCAAGUCAUCACUCAUCAUUAUACCACCUUCCGAAUUGGUCCAAGAGAACCGAGGGCCUAAUCUUUAUUGUUAUUGAUAAGAGCACUGUCUUGCUCCGUAUAAAUUGCUAUUGUCCACCGAAUUGUUGGUCAGUUAUAAUCUUUGCAGCGUUCUGUAUCGAUCGACAAGAAAAUCUGAUAUCAAUAUGAAGUGGUUGUUGUGCUUGGCAGCCUUUGUUGUUUGCGCGCACGCUGUGUCGUUUUUUGACCUAGUGCAAGAGCAAUGGGAUUCCUUCAAGGUUACCCACCAGAAGAACUACGAGAGCCAAACUGAAGAAAAAUACAGGAUGAAGAUCUUCAUGGACAACGCGCACAAAGUGGCGAAACACAACAAAUUGUACGCCUUGGGAUUGGUCACCUACAAACUAGGCAUCAACAAAUACGCCGACCUCCUCCAUCACGAGUUUGUGCACAUCAUGAACGGCUUUAACAGCUCAAAAACCCUAUUGUUGGGCGACACAUCAGAACAAGCCAUCAAGUUCAUCCCUCCUGCAAACGUCAAAUUGCCAGAAAACGUAGACUGGAGAGAUCAAGGUGCUGUCACCGCAGUCAAGGACCAGGGACAUUGUGGAUCCUGCUGGAGUUUCAGCGCGACCGGAGCCCUCGAGGGACAACAUUUCCGCAAAACCGGCAAGCUGGUAUCCCUCAGCGAGCAAAACCUGAUCGACUGUUCUGGUAGAUACGGCAACAACGGCUGCAAUGGCGGUCUCAUGGACAACGCCUUCCGUUACAUCAAGGAAAACAAGGGAAUAGACACCGAAGCUGCCUACCCCUACAGGGCUGAAGACGAGAAAUGCCACUACAACCCCAAGAAGGUCGGUGCCACUGACAAGGGUUUCGUAGAUAUCGAGUCAGGAGCUGAAGACCAGCUGAAGGCCGCCAUCGCGACCGUUGGACCUGUCUCUGUGGCCAUCGAUGCAAGCCACGAAAGCUUCCAGUUGUACGCCGGUGGCGUUUACUACGAGCCUGAGUGUAGCUCAGAAGAGUUGGACCAUGGUGUACUUGCCGUUGGUUACGGAACUGACGAUAAAGGACAAGACUACUGGCUGAUCAAGAACUCAUGGGGAUCCUCCUGGGGAGAUGAAGGUUUCAUCAAGAUGGCCCGUAACAAGGACAACAACUGCGGUGUUGCCACCCAAGCGAGCUAUCCUCUAGUUUAGGAUUGUGAUUUUUUAAAAUUUUGAUAUUUUUUUAAUUGUUUUAGAGUUUGCCUACUUCAAUGGCUGUGUAUAUACAUUUUUAAUGAUAAUUGAGAAGAUCCUUUAAGUUUU